UGCCAACUUAAUAGUGGAACUUGCCAUCAAAGGAUAAUCUUUUCUUCCUGGGUCGUGACAGAUUAUUACCUGUUUGUGUUCAAUGGGACGACGAAUUCACUUUGUGGUUGACCCUCAGGAGGGACAUAUUUCAGUUGUGGCAAUUUUGUGUUAUUACUUCUGCUCAUUGUUUUGUAUAGCUUCAUUACUAAGAGCCUCAGUAGCUGAUCCAGGAAAGCUACCUGAAAACCCAAAGAUACCAAUUACAGAACGAGAAUAUUGGGAAUUAUGUAACAAAUGCAAUAUGAUGAGACCAAAGCGUUCACACCAUUGCAGUCGUUGUGGACAUUGCGUGAGGAGGAUGGAUCACCACUGUCCAUGGAUUAAUAAUUGUGUCGGUGAAGACAAUCAUUGGCUGUUUUUACAGCUGUGUUUCUACACUCAGAUCCUUAGUUCCUAUACACUGAUACUUGAUUUCUGCCAUUACUACUACUUUUUGCCUCUGGAAAAAGAAAACUGGGAUGUUUUUGUAUUCCGUCAUGAACUUGCUCUCCUAAGAAUAUCUGCCUUCAUGGGUCUAAUAAUAUUAGGUGGAAUAAGUGGACUCUUUUACACUCAGCUGAUGGGCAUUUUCACUGACACUACAAGUAUAGAAAAAAUGUCAAACUGUUGUGAAGACAUAUCGAGGCCCCCAAAGCCAUGGCAGCAGACCUUCUCAGAAGUUUUUGGCACUCGUUGGAAGAUCCUGUGGUUUAUUCCUUUCAGGCAGAGGCAACCACUGCGAGUUCCCUACCACUUUGCCAAUCACGUCUGAACAGAUGGAUGGUGGGCACAGAUGGGUCCUCCAUGCUGGAAGUGUGUUACAGGUUUUAUGGUAAUAGGACUAUGACAGUCUUCAAGUCAAUUAAAAUCCACCCACCAAUUGUAGGCAUCUCAGUGUGCCCCAGGUUUUAUUUUAAUGGUGGUCUUGAUUCUGUUCUGAGAUUAAUACAAGUUGUAUGUUUAACUUUAGGCAUAUUUACUCUCAA